AUGUCGCUCUCAUUCGCCACUAGCAUGCUGGACCAACUCUCGGGUUUCUUCACGCAGGAAGAAAACAUGCAAUGGUUAUUCAAGACUGCCAACAGAGCCCCACUCCUUGUCAUUUUGCCAAUGCUUGUGUUACCAGGUACAAGAAUUACUCACUUUAUCCUCCAUUCGAAAGUUGUUUUGAUCUCACUCUCCAUUCUUUAUAGUGUGUUACUCUUUACUUUGAUGGCUGCUCCUUCCUCAACACUUCCUAAAAUUGAUUUCCUUUCGUUUGACUCAGUCGCCAAUGGUUUUCAACACAAACCAUUUGUGUUAGUAGGUUGGGUGCAUUAUCUGGUGACUGAUCCUCUUGUAGCUACUUUAAUUUAUUAUGAUGCAAUUUCAAGGGGAAUUCCACAUGUUUUUACUUCGAUUUGCAUCUUAUUUGCAUUCAUGUUAUGUCCUUUUGGUUUAGCUCUGUAUAUAUUUGGUAGAUUGCUUCUUUGUCGUGUUUGGUUUGAAUGGUUUAUUUCACCCAUCCCUGUUUCUCACUCUCUUUUGGAAAUUUGGUUUGGAAGUGCUGACUUUUGGAGAAACAUGUUUUGUAUUUCAUCAGUGCCACAAAAAACUGCAACUAAAAUCGAAUAA